AUGACCUCUAUCGAAAGUGUCGCGAAUACAGCAAAGAAGUUGGAAUGUCGAUUCUGUCAGAGAAUCUAUUCCAAAGCAGAGCAUCUCACAAGACAUGAACGCUCUCACACAGGUGUGCGGCCGUUUACUUGCAAAGAGUGUAACCGUGCUUUCAGUCGACAAGACUCGUUGGCCCGCCAUGAGAAACUCCAUCUACGUAGAGAGAGCAUGAAAUGUGCCUCGCCUGCUGCCUCGACCUACACGCCGGUCAAAUCGCACGCACUGCAGCAUUUGCUGGCAGCUGAUGAGGAGAUGGACACACGCAGUUAUGUACCACCUUCGGAUCAUGGUACAUCACAAACCUGGCACGAACAACCAUAUCAAGUUGAACCUGACAUGAUGGAUAUACAUUGUGCCACGGAUCUCGACUUUCAGUUGAUAUGGCCUGAUUCUGAGGAGUUGUUUCAGUCAAUCAUGUCUACAGAUACUACGUCGCAGAUUCCAGUGGGUACUCUGCCGUUCCCUCAAGGCUUGGAACAAUUCACACCAACCAGCCUCGACUCGCCUACCUCCUUCGAUGAUCGAGGAUCGGCCAUCAAGGCCAUUCCCAAUGGCGGCGGCCACCAGGCUGUCCAUGGAGUCAGCAAGAUGAUCUCGAACCUGGUAAGAGGCUUGAAUCAUGUAGAGUAUUUCCUAGCUGACCUCUCUAGUNCGUCAAGUAUCACCGCAGAGGCAGAGGCUACAUCCAUCACCUCAGUGUUCUUGGACGAGUGCCUGCACAUGUUCUUCGUUCGCUUCAUACCCACGUUUCCCGUCUUGCAUCGCUCGACCUUUGUAUUCAAGGAAUGUACUCAUCCAGUGCUGCUCAAUUGCAUCGCUAUAGGAUCACUGUAUCUCGGUCCCAAAGACUCUAUUGCAAAAGGCGAAGCCCUGUGGCGUUUAUCUCACACAGCAAUCGCGACCUCAUGGCAGAGUCUGAUUACCCAUCGAGGGCCGCACGAUCCGUGUAACGGACUUCAACUCGUGUUGGCUGCCUUGCUCGGUCAGGUCUAUGCAGCACUUUCAAAGGUAAGAGAGUGUGUUGAAUAUCAUCUCACAAUCACUGACAAAUUAGNNAACCGCGUACUCCGAACGACAUCGCAAAUAUUCCAUGCUCUCGGCUUCUCCUGGGCAAGGCAUUGUGGCAUGUACGAUAACGACACCUUCUUGUUGGAUAGCUUGCCUUCACUCGACGCCUCCCCUGCGGAAAAGGAUCGCCAGUGGAAAACAUGGGCUGCCCAUGAGAUCAGGCGUAGGGUUCUCCUCGCUCAGUACAUACUAGACGGGCUCGUCUCAUCGGCUAGUGGCAACCCUACCACUGCGCGACAUGCUGCUAACCAGCUUGGACUGCCUUGCGAUGAGAGUCUGUUCGAAGCAAAUACCGCGGAUGAAUGGUUGAUCAAAAUACGAUCACAACCCAAACAGGAUGUCUCUUUCCGCAACAUCUUCCGAUCGUUGUUCUUGCCCGUUGACAUUGGAAGACUACCAGAGCAUACUCUAACCUCUUUUUCAUUGCGUGUAAUUCUGGAAGGCGUGCAGUCACUCGUCUCGGAAUCCACAGAUGGACCAUCGGUCGGCGUCCCAACCCGCUCUGAGAUUCGCAGAGCGCUGGCACAAGUCCACGAAAGCAUCACCAAGAAUGCGAUAUCUACUCCUGAGACGCUCGAGGCUCUGUUGCGAUGGCAUUCGAUUUGCCUAGAUGCGGCCACGGACUCAUCUAUGCUAUGCCGUCAUCUCUGCGUUCGUUACAACAUUCCACAGCAUGUGCUGGGGGGCAGCAAGGGCCUCAAGGCAGGACUAGAUCUAGUCGCCUGGGCAAAGACUGAAGAUGCACGCAGAGCGUUACUCCAUGCCGUCGCGAUUCAAGAUAUCGUGGAACAGCUUCCUCGUGGUCGCGCCCACGUACUUCACAUGCCUAGUUCGCUGUUCGCUGCAGCCACGGUGUACAGUGUGUUCUCACUAGCAGGCCACACGACAGUCAAUCUACCCCGUGUUGUCGACUGGAAGGAUGCGCUCUUCACAGAAGUCGACCCUUGUGUCAUUCUUGGUGACCUCGCAGGAACAUCAGCGGGAUCGAGCACGACGAGAAGGUUUGUUCGUGGUGAGAAGCUUUCCGGCAGUGGCUAUGAGUCUUUGACUCGCAACUUGUUGUACGAGCUCAACUCGAUGCAAAAGCUGUUCCGUUGUCUCAGCUCACAAUGGGGGCUUGCAUACGACAUGGAGUCUUUGCUGAAUUCGUGGAUAUCUCUUUGCCACUGA